UAAAAGUUCGCAAAGACGCUUUUUGUUCGGAUUUUAUAUCAAAAUUCUUUAAAUUUGAAAGCAUUAACUAUUUGAAUUUACGAGAUCGGUUAAGUAGUUAGUGCACUGUUUCAAGCACGUUAAGAAUUUAUCUUGACAUCCUAGAACAAUUGUUAAUUGGAUGAUGUCCAGCGAAGCUUCCGGAAGUAUAACAAUCAAAGAAGAAGCAUCCACGAGCGGCACGGCUAGCAAUAUUCCAGUAGAAUCCAGCGAAACAGAGGCUAAGAAAUCAGAGAUUGGUGCUGACAAGGCAGAAUCGCUGACUGAAGCCGAGGGCGGAAGGGCGGCGGAUACGACGGAGACACAUUUGAAGCGUCUGCAGAAUCUGCGCAAGGAAUUGGGUUACCUUAGCGAAACUGACUGGAUGUACGAGAGUCUCGAUAAAAAAACAACACAGUAG